AUGCCGGCUGCUGCUACUGCUUCUCCUGCUGCUGCAGCAGGUACUGCUUCUGCUCGUGCUGCGUCUGGUGGUGGUGGUGGCUGUUGGAGAUGUUGCAGGUUUGGGGUUCUUCUGUUUGCUGCAGCGGCAGCAGCAGCAGCAACAACAGCUGAAGCAGCGUCAACAGCAGCAGAAUUUGGGGGUCAAAGCACCGUCUCCAUCCAUCCAUCUGCUUUUAUUUCUUCAUCUCCGCUUUCUUCUGAUUUGUCCGUUAGUAAUCUCAGUUCUUCUGCUGCUGAUCUGAACGUGCAGCAGAAGCAGCAGGACUGGGGGUUGCUGCAGCUGCAGCAGGAGCAGCAGCAGCAUGGAGAGCGCCCUACGUUGCAGCAGCGGCAGCAGCGGAAAGCGUUAUUGUUUCGGGUUGGUGUUGCUGCCUUGGCUUGUGCUGCUGCUGUAUUUGUUGUUCUUCGCUGUUAUAAUCGUCUGCUGCUGCAGCAGCAGUCUCCCUCUUCCUCUCGCUCGCUAGCUGGUAUAGAGGACAGCACAUGCGCAGAAGGAGAAGCAGACGAAGGAGAAGAAGAAUACGAAGAAAAAGACGAAAGAGAAGGAAAAGAAGGAGAGAAAAAGGAACAAGUGACAGCAGCAGCAGCACCAGCAGCAGCAGGGGGAGGAGCAGCAGCAGCAGCAUCAGGUGCAAGAAGAAAAACAGGGAGGGUUUUCACGAGAGGAAAAAAAGGAACAGCAGCAGACGCAGCAGUAUCAAAUUUAGAAGAUCUGAAGGAGCUGAUGCCCGAGGCUGCAGGAGCAGAUGAGAACACACGGCAGCCUGACAUCACCGUAUCGUAG